AUGAUGCACGGGGCAGGCUGGAGGUGCUCCCUCAUAGUCUUUUCUAGCUGGGGCAAGGGGAGAGACAUAGCUCUGGAGCUCGAGGAGCAGCAGCAGCAGCUACGGCUACGACUGGAGCAGCAGCAGCACCAAGAACAGGCGGCCGCGGCGGCCGCUGCUGCAGCAGCAGCAGCAGCAGCAGCAGCUCACCAGCAGGCGGCUCUCAUUUACCGUAGGCGGCCCUGGCCGGCCACCCAUCAUCACCAUCACCACCAGUCUGCAGCUAUCAGCGCCGCAAUCGCUAGCUCAGCGAACGCUCAUCAGCUCCUGGCCGGACACCCUUACCUCCAGAGCUUGCAGCGCCAACACCAGUACCAUCAACAACAACAACAACAGCAACAACAGCAACAGCAAUUAAACUCGGCGAUUGCAGCGGCAAACAUUGGUAGCCCUGGUGGUCCGGGUGGCAGCGCUCUGAUCCAACAGCAUCACCUGCAGCAGCUCGGAGGUGGGGAGCUGGAUAGUAACGCGCACCAGAGGUUGACGGCGCGCUCGGUCCAAGCGAUCUUGGCGGCGGCGGCGGCAGGCCGAGCCGUCCUGGAGCCCGGCAGUGGGCCGGGUAUCCUGCCGACGGCAGCCACCAUAUCGGCAGCGAGUGCACUGCCGAUCGCCCCGAGCUCGCCCCUUCAGGCUUGCAGGGGCGGUAGCUUCGCAGCCGGCGCGAGCUUCGCCGCGACGAGCGUAGCGACGACCAUAGCGCCUCCGGCGCUCAAACGACCCAGGCGGGACACCUCUGUUUGUAGUCCAGAGGAGGCCACCGUCCUCGCCGCCGCCGCCGUCCCAGCUACCUCCUCCUCGUCGUCGUCGUCCUCGUCGCCGCCUCCGGCCAGCACCGCGGUUGUCGCCGGUCAGCACCAUCACCACCACCACCAUCACCUGCAUCACCAGCAGCUACUUCAACUGGCAACCUCCAAUACAGCACCCCGGUGA